UACCAGAACUUUUCAUUCACUGAAGCUUGUGUCAGCGAGAUGAAGACUACAGCACUUUGUGUUUUUGCUCUGUUCCUUUCUUCGAUGUUAGUUGAGGGAAGGACUCUGAAAAAGUUUAGAGAUAAAGGAGAGGCUGGAAAUUUAGAAAUGAUGAAGAUGAACAUCCGUAGACGCUUGGAGGAGGCGAAACGUGAGCAACAGUUCCGGAGAGAAAUUUGCUUAAAAGCUCGCGAGCUGAGAUGUGGAAUGGAACAAAAGAAAUAGGUUCACUGCAGUGAAGACUACACAGCUAACUUGAAGUUAAAACAUAAUUUCAUUCCUAAAUAACGAAAUUGAGAUGUAGAUGUUUUAGCCGCUAUCAUCAAUAUUAUAUUCUGUGAAAAUCUAUAAAUUGUUUGAAUUCAAUAAAGGCUGUGGU